AUGGAAGAAUUUAACUGGCGUGAGGAGCAGAGCGUAAAUAUAACAAGUGACUUGAGUAGUUUCGAAGAAGAAAAAACCGAAGCUGGCGAUGGGGACGCAUCGGCAACCACAUUAACCCAAGAAUUAUCUCCGAAUAAUUCUGUGUUGGGAGGAGUGAAUACACCAACACAGUCAAACUUGCCUAACUCAGUGCCGUCUUCUGGUCGUCUGUCUCUCUCGCAACCUCAAUUACCAACAUGUCUACUGGCAAUAUAUGCAGUUCUUCGGGCAAAGCCACCUCGGCCUAAUAGAGUUCCACUUUCACAGACCCUAGAAGAGAAUAAGAAUCUCAAAGAGGAGAUUGCUGUGUUGAAGAGUAAACUUAACGUUGAACAGUACAAAGUGGCAGAACUGACAUCUCUCCAGCCACGUGAAGUCCAGGACAUCCUUGAAGAGUACUAUUCUCUACAAAUGUCUAAGUUUGAUCUGGAAGGAGAGCGCAGACAGAUGGCGGAAGAAAGGAAUCAAUUCAAGCUCGAAUUGGACAACAUUGAGGUUCAAGCCAAAACGAAGAUCGAUAUGCUGGAAAGACAAUUACACGAAUCUGAGAGGAAUAGUCGAAUCGUAAUUGAGCAAGUGUGUAAUACAAGGGAAAUUAAAGCAGUCGCUUGCAAAACUUUUCACGUAACGUUUCAGUAUAAAGAACAAAUCAAAGCGUUAGAAGCGGAGAUCGCCAAGUGGGAAGAGCUGCCGACUAGUAUCGAUGGUUUGAAGGGCGAUGAUAGUGACUGGACCAUACGUUCGGAAGGCGAUAUGUGA